UGUUUCAGACUGUUAAACUCUAAUGAGGACAAACUGCGCAGCUGCCUAUGCAGGCCUGGUAAUUUCACUGAGAUUACCUUGAGGAGUUGAACUCCUUCCAAGUGCCCCUGAGGUUUGGAUAAGUGCAGCUGUGUUUGGCAAAAGCAGGGGAGUGAGGAGUGAAGUUAAUGAUUAUCCCCCUUGCAUCCUGGGACCCAUGCUCCUGCUCUGCCCCAGCCACAAGGCAGCCUCACAAGGCAGUAUGGUCUCGCUCUUUCCUUUGGCUGUGACUCUGGGGCUGCUUAGUCUGACAGGCCCUGCCAGGAGCCCGAAGACUGAGCCCCUGAGUGGCUCCAGUGAGCAGCCUCUCUUCCGUGGAGCUGAUCGCUAUGACUUCGCCAUUGUUGUCCCUGCGGGUGGCACCGAGUGCUUCUGGCAGUUUGCACAUCAGAGUGGCUACUUCUACUUCAGCUAUGAGGUACAACGAACUUCGGGAAUUGGACAUGACAGACACGUCUUGGCCACUGCAAACGAUCCCAAAGGCCUCCAAAUGGGCACUUCCCAGGAUGUACGAGGACAGAUGAACUUCCCAACCAAAGAGACAGGUUUUUACCAGCUGUGCUUGAGCAAUCGGCUCAACCAUUUCGGUUUCCUGCAGGUUUAUCUCAGCUUCGGUGUGUUCUAUGAAGGCUUUGACCUGCAAAACUUGCCAGACAUAGAAAGGAAGAAAAUUAAUGACACACUGGAGGCAAUUGAGGAGAGCACCCACAAGCUGCAGGCCCAUGUCUUCCACAUGUGGCGCUUUUAUAACUUUGCCCGGAUGAGGAAAGCAGCUGACUAUUUCAUCCUUCAGUCCAACUAUGACUAUGUGAACUGGUGGUCACUGGCUCAGAGCCUCGUCAUUGUCCUCUCGGGAGUCCUGCAGCUGUAUUUCCUGAAGCGGCUCUUCAAGGUGCAGCCCACUACUGCCACCAAUAAACCGAGGUGCUAAGGCCCCUAGCUUACACCAGUGCGGGACCCAUGCAGCAGGAAGGACCAAAGGGCAGGCCCGUAACACUGCAGAGCACACUGAACUCCAUCUCAUCCUCCUCUCCCCUUCCCCCCCCCCACCGCCUCCAUGGAAGAAUGGGAGAUCCUACGUGUGGAAGGAGCUGGGCUGUGGGAUUUUUCAGGUACAGAAUUCCCCGCAAUGCCCUAGUGUCCAGCUGGUGCUUUACCUUACCUUUGUUCUCUACUGGGCCUCUAGCACAAGACCCAUUUUUGGGGGAGGGAGAGGGGAUGGUUCACUGAAUUCAGUGCUGGGUGGGGCUAGUUUUGGCCUAAUCUACCCAAUGGUCUAAUAGUGAAAUGGCUUGAAAAGCUGUUCACAUAUUACAAAUAAAAUAAACAGUUCACACUGUGAAA